CGGAGUAUAUCAGAUACCGCAUGCAGUAUGGACUAUAAGUGUGUGGCAAUACAUCCAUGUCAGUGAGAGCUCAGCUUCAGCUCAGCAUGUUGUCGUUUUUCUGGAGAAAUGGAGUAGAGACGCCAGAGCCGCUUAAAGCAGACGUGACAGGCUCCAUACCACCAUGGCUUCAGGGGACACUUUUGCGAAAUGGUCCUGGUCUGUUCUCAGUUGGCAACACUUCAUACAAGCACUGGUUUGAUGGAAUGGCACUCAUCCACAGUUUCACAUUUAAAGAUGGGGAUGUAUUUUACAAAAGUAAAUUUUUGAAGAGUGAAACGUACAAAAAGAACAUAGCUGCCAAUAGGAUCGUUGUGUCUGAAUUCGGAACCAUGGUUUAUCCAGAUCCCUGCAAGAAUAUAUUCUCCAAAGCUUUCAGUUACUUGAUGAACGCCAUUCCGGAUUUCACAGAUAAUAAUCUCAUUAACAUCAUAAGAUAUGGUGAAGAUUAUUAUGCAUCAUCAGAAGUGAACUACAUUAACCAAAUUGACCCUCUGACACUUGACACAUUAGAAAGAACUAACUAUAGAAACCACAUCGCCAUCAACUUGGCAACCGCACACCCUCACUACGAUGAAGAAGGGAACACGUACAACAUGGGCACAGCCAUCAUGAACUUUGGCAAACCGAAAUAUGUUAUUUUCAAGGUGCCCGCCAAUGCCACAGAUAAAGAGAAGAAGCCAGCCCUCGGGAAGGUGGAACAAAUUUGUUCCAUUCCUUUCCGCUCCACCUUGUAUCCGAGCUACUUCCAUAGCUUUGGCAUGACGGAGAACUACAUUAUCUUUGUGGAGCAGGCCUUCAAGCUGGAUAUCCUCAAACUGGCCACAGCUUACUUCAGAGAUGUCAACUGGGGCAGUUGCCUGAAAUUUGACAAAGAUGAUAUUACACUGAUCCAUCUGGUCAGUAGGAAGACUGGGAAAACUGUGAGCACGAAGUACUACGCAGACCCAUUUGUGAUCUUCCAUCACAUUAAUGCUUAUGAGGAAGAUAGCCAUGUUGUCUUUGACCUGAUCACAUACCAGGACAGCAAUCUAUAUGAUAUGUUCUAUAUACACAACAUGAAGCAAGAUGUUGACAAAUUUAUAGAGACCAACAAGGACUUCUCUCGACCAACAUGUCAACGGUUUGUCCUUCCACUGAACAUAGACAAGGAAACUCCACCAGACACCAAUCUGGUCAGAUUGCAGGACACAACAGCCAAAGCAGUGCUGAAGAAGGACGGCUCCAUCUACUGCACCCCUGACACUAUUUUUGAGGGUUUAGAAUUACCAGGGAUCAAUUACAAAUUCAACAGUAAGAAGUACAGGUACUUCUAUGGCACCAGGGUGGAGUGGUCGCCAUAUCCAAGCAAGAUUGCAAAAGUGGACAUAGCCACCAGGACACAUCAAGUGUGGAUCGAGGAGGAAUGUUACCCAUCUGAGCCAGUGUUUGUGGCAUCUCCAGAUGCUGUUGAAGAAGAUGAUGGUGUUAUCCUGUCUUCUGUGGUUUCAUUCAAUCCCCAAAAGCCUCCUUUCUUGGUGGUUCUAGAUGCUAAGUCCUUUAAAGAGAUCGCUCGUGCUACCAUUGAUACUGCUGUUCAUAUGGACCUGCAUGGGCUUUUCAUCCAUGAGAAGUCGACCUAAAAUGGACAUCAAAAACAAUCCAACAACCCAUUUUUAGGGUGUUUUUUGUAAAGAUACAUAAGAGAUAUAAAAAGAGAAAUCAGUAUUUUUCUUCAUAAUCCUAUGCAAACAUUAUUGAUUUUAUUAUUGCUAAUUGUAUUAUAUUUUUUACAGACAUUCUGGAAAACUCUAUUGUUACAUAGUAACAUUAUUAUAUAAAAUGAUCUCUCCUUAAUUGUUUGUGACAAUUGAGUAUGUCUUAAGUAGGAAAAAAAUUGCUUAAAGCUGUAAAGUUAGCAUUUUAUUAUUUCUAAUCUAGCAUUGUAUACUAUGAAUCAACCUGGCAUUGUACACUAUGAAUAUUGUUGGCUCUCUGACAAAUUAGUAUGUUUUUCAUUUGUAAGUCACUUUGGAAAAAAGCAUCUGCUAAGUGAAUUAUUAUAAUCAUUUUAUAGACCUCCUGUAAAACAGGCUAUUGUGAUACAUUAAAUGUAAAUGACUAGUAAGAUGAUCUCUCCUGAACUGUUCAUUGGAGUGGGUCAAAAAACACAGCUUUCUUUUACCCUUAUUCUGUAUAUUGUGGUGUCCAAAAAGUAUGGACAAUUGUUCCUUGCCAUUUUUGAACUGUUUUCACAUUCAUGUUUCAUAUACAGUCUAUACAGAAUAUGUGCCUAAUAUUCAGAUCUUUUCCUAAUUUUUCUCAU